GCGACGCCGCAGUACUUUAACAACACUGUGGUGAUCAUGAAUGAGGCGGAGUGGGGUCUACUGGGCAUGAUGGAUAGCACGUACACGGUCUCAUGCAGAAUCGGCGGCUCCAGCGUGCAGCGAUUCGACUACGGGUUCACCGUGCCUAUGUUGACUACGGCCGGGUCACUGGUCAUCACCAGUAGUCCGGCCACAUGCUCGAUGCGUGUGGUCACCGGACAGGACCCGCGAGCGCGGCCCACCACCUUGCUCUUCCUUGGUGACAUCGCCUCUCUCGUCUUUGUGCUCGACGACAACAGACAAUACGACAUGUUCGUGUCCGAUUGUCGCGUCUCGGACGGCACCAGUAGAGACAUGUUGACCUUGAUCGACUCUGACGGAUGUCCGGCACACAGGAAGCUCAUCGGCUUCACCAACUACAACACAGCGAUGGUGCGCGGCCAGACUUACGCCUACGCUCACUUCAAGGUGUUCAAGUUCCCGGACAGAGACAACGUGUUCGUGCAGUGCAAGUGCCACGUGUGCCUCGACAGCUGUAACCGGCCUGCUUGCGAGACUGGCGCUGGCAUCGGAAACUCCAAGGUCUUCCGUAAGAAACGUGACAUGGGCGUGAAUGACGUCAUCGUUGACUACGACGCAGGGGAACCGCAGAUCGUGUCAGAUAAGAAGAAUACUACUGUCGACCUCUAUCGGCAAAUUACGAUUGCAAUUCCGAAUAAGCAACAUAUCGAGAGCUCGCAUCUCGAAUCGUCAUCGGAGACCGGUCGUCUGCCAGAUCUAGAGCCGCCGAUUCGCGCCAACAGCCCGCAGAGACUUCGCACGUGCAAUUCACACUCACGUAUCCUCGUAAUCGUCGUCAUUGCCCUCGCGCUGCUGCUGCUGCUCUUCAUGACUCUAACAGCGCUGUUCUUCCACAAAUCUCGCCACCAGACGGCGCGGCAGUCGGACCAGAUGACGACCAGUUCGAUGUAUUCGAACACCAAGCUCGUUCCCAUACGUUAGAUUUGUUUUUAUGAUCCAUCCUCUCAUCACGCUCACGGCUACUUCGAGAGUUAUCCAGAUGAGAGACCGGAUACCAGAGAGCAUCAAAACUCGGUGCCAAAACGCGUCGUUUAAGUUUCAUACUGUAUGAUAUCCGUUGGUUUGGGAGACGUUUAAUAGAGGAGUAAAUAUAUCACGUGUAUCUAAAACGUUGGUGUCUUUCUGUGUGUGACGCUUAUAUUGCUGGUUUGCUGUAUUAUAGACAAAGCGCUGGGUCAUAUGAUAUUGUUAAACAUUUACCGCUUGAUGAAUGUUUUGCUUCUAUUUAUAAACAUUGUUGUAAAUUAAGGAGAAUAAAUAAAUUCCCAUGUUAUUAAAUA